GGGGACGGGCGGCGGCCGCGCGGGGAGCGGCGGUGGGGAGCGCGCAGCCGGCCCCGACCGCAGGCCCGGGUUCCACGAGUCCCGCGCGCGCCGCCACCGUCGCCGCCUCGGGCCCCCGCGCCGCCCCGUCCCGCCGCCCGGCCCGGCCUGCGCCCCCCUCGCGGGCCCGCGCCGCCGCCGCCGCCGCCAUGGCGGAAGUUCGCAGACGUCAGCGGGCCCGGGUUAAAGGAGAAGCCCCCGCCGAGCCCUCCGCGCGCAGCGAUGAGGAGGAGCUGGGCAUGGCGCCGGCCGGCACGCUGACGGCGCUGCUGAAGCUGCUGGCCGCCGCCUUCUACGGCCUGAGCUCCUUCCUCAUCGUGGUGGUGAACAAGAGCGUGCUCACCGGCUACAGAUUCCCCUCCUCCCUCUGCGUGGGCCUCGGCCAGAUGGUGGCCACUGUGGCAGUUCUCUGGGUGGGAAAGGCUCUCAGAGUAGUCAAGUUUCCUGACCUUGAUAGAAAUGUACCUCGAAAGACGUUUCCACUACCUCUACUAUAUUUUGGGAACCAAAUCACGGGACUGUUCAGCACAAAGAAACUGAACUUGCCCAUGUUUACGGUUCUCAGAAGGUUCUCCAUCCUGUUUACAAUGUUUGCUGAAGGAGUUUUACUCAAGAAGACUUUUUCUUGGGGUAUUAAAAUGACUGUAUUUGCAAUGAUUAUUGGAGCCUUUGUAGCUGCCAGCUCUGACUUGGCCUUUGACCUGGAAGGGUAUGUCUUUAUUUUGAUAAACGAUGUCCUGACGGCCGCAAAUGGUGCAUACGUAAAGCAAAAAUUAGAUUCAAAAGAGCUGGGGAAGUACGGCCUGCUCUACUACAACGCCCUGUUCAUGAUCCUGCCCACGCUGGCCAUCGCAUACUUCACAGGAGACGCACAGAAGGCGGUGGAGUUCGACGGCUGGGCUGACGCCCUCUUUCUUCUGCAGUUCACCCUGUCCUGUGUGAUGGGGUUUAUCUUGAUGUUUGCCACCGUGCUCUGCACACAGUACAAUUCUGCUCUUACGACUACAAUCGUUGGCUGUAUUAAGAAUAUAUUAAUAACAUAUAUUGGUAUGGUUUUUGGUGGAGAUUAUAUUUUCACAUGGACAAACUUCAUUGGCUUAAAUAUCAGCAUUGCUGGGAGCCUGGUGUACUCCUAUAUCACUUUCUCUGAAGAGCAGCUGAGCAAACAGUCCGAGGCCAGUAACAAGCUGGACGUCAAGGGGAAAGGAGCGGUGUGACCAGAGGCUGCUGCAGCUGCAGAGCGCGGCUCGGACCAGCUCAGAGCACUGGCCGUUCCUACAUGGACACAGAGGUGUACCAAUAGAGAGAAUGCCUUCCUUCGCACUCAUACAAUCUGAGGAUUGAUUGCUGCCUUUUAAAAUUUUGUUCUGAAAGAAAUUUAUGAUUGACUCUAUUUUUAAAUGUUUGAAUUAAUUUAUAUCAAAGUAGAAAAUGUACUGGGCUUUUUAAUUUAUUUUUCUUCUUUAUUGACAGUGAAACAUCACUGUUUUGAAAGUAUUUUCUUCCAUAGUUUGAUAUCCAGGUGGCCCUGACAGCAGCGUGUCAUGUUUUCCAUCUGGAGCCUCAUCGCUCUGAUUGUGGCUGCGUCUGGAGCAGGUCGGCCUCUCCUCUGCGGACCGUCACACCGAGCAUCUGAAUUCGCUCUUCUUCCCUUCGAUUGCAUUGUCUUCAUAAUAUCACUGCCGUUGCCAAAGACAGCAGCUUUGGCACUAAAACAUUUGUGGGGCUCUGAAGAGUUGUGUUGGCUUCCUUGAGAACUCAGGAUAAGCCCAGCGUGUUCUUUGAAAAUGUUUUCCCUUCUUUGUCGUGGGAUGGGGACAGUGACGGGAUGGAGGAAGUCGGCCUCAUGCUCGUGUAUUUGUCCAGCUCUCCGAUCUGUCUGAAACACGUUGAGUGGUGCGUGCCAAGCAUCAUGCUCAGUGCGGGGGUUCAGAGGUGUUAGGGAGGCAGCUGGAAGAUUUCACUACUACUACCAUAGCUGAAGGUGAGACUGAGAAUUUAGCUUUAUCAGUCACAAAAGAUGUGCCCAGGAGUGAGCAGUGAGUUGUGUCAGUGCUCAGCGCAUGUCUGUAGGUACCUACUGACUAUUAGAAGUACCUGCCCCGCCCUUCAGCAGUGUAAGGCUGGAAGCUGCGCGUGGGGUUGCAGAGCUGCCGCCUGUGACCCAGCACACCCCAGCCUGACACCUGCAGGGUGAGGGUGUCGGGUGCAUACGUCACCAGCACUUGUCUCUCCAGCCCCCUUCCCUGCGUCUGGCCUGAGGGGAAGGGCUGGUUUUAGGUUGUUGUCACAGUUCUUCCUCUGGCAAUGUCCGUGUUAGAGCUGUCAUCUCCCUUCCCCCUCAUGUGACAUGAACCCAAGACCCUUCACCCACCAUAUGCCCUCAGCCACUUACUGAGCUUCCCUGGAGGAGCAGCUGUGAACAGGCCUGUACCGGACUGCCCCUCUGGCCGGGUUGGCAUUGGGCAUUCACUCAGGCACAGUCCUGUGACUUGGCUCAGAGACACCGCUGGCUGUGGGCUGAGUGCUUGCUCAGGGCAGCUGCGCAGCAGGGUGCAGAGGCUGGCACCCUGGCCCCGUGCACGUCCAAACUUGUUUCAUGGGGUUUGGAAUCCACUGGCUCCUCUACUGACCUAAACGAUUAGUAUUUUGGUGUUGCCACAGGAAACCGGGAGAGUGGUGCUUUCAUCCUCGUGCCUUUUCCUGUUGGUCUUCAUUAAAGUCCGGCUGGUGUUUCGCUGGAAUCAGCUGUCUGGCCCUCUCUCGAGUUAUAGUCGCCCUGUGAGAACCUGAGGCUGACUUUUUUCCCAGCAGCGUUUGACCUGAGAAAAUUCCACUGGGAAGGUAGGAGAUGAUCUUGUGUCAGACAGGUCUGACUGUCCCUAUUUUACCAAAGAGACCAGGAGCUUCAGGAAGGUGACUUGCUAUAAAUGAGGGGUUCUUAACCUUCCUAAUGCCGCGACCAUUUAAUACAGUUCCUCAUGUGUGGUGACCCUCAACCAUAAAAUUAUUUUCAUUGCUGAGAAGCAACAUGAGGAACUGUAUUGAAGGGUCACAGCAUUAGGAAGGUUGAGAACCACUGUCAAGGUCUCACUUCAUGAUGUGAGGAGAUAUUAUACAGUGGGUUUUUUUUUUUUAAGCUUUGUUUUUUUUAAAAUACUUCUUAAAAAGAAAUCUGGUUAGAUUGUCUCAUAAAAAUGUUUUUAGAGAUUAUUUUGUUGACACGUGUUUUUCCUCACGAUGAUCAGUUGAUUUUGGUCUUCAUGCAGGAGUUGGCCUCACAAAAUGCUUUUUCAGCCUAGAUUCUAUUUACCAAGUGACCAGUUUAUUGUUAAAAGCCCUGAGGUUUGAGGUAUGUAAAUCAGGUGACAUGAACAUGAAAAUUAUGUGCCUAAAUAUUUUUGUAAUGAUAUAAAAUAAAUACUUUUUCCUGAGAA